UGGAAUUGGUAGCUUCAUGCACUUACUUGCGGAGGGGCGUUCCCGGACGCGGCUUGGCUUCUCCCCUUUCGCGUGGACUUGUGCCGGGCUUUUGAGAAACGAAGGGCGGACAGAGACUCGGCGAUGGAGAAAGUAUUGUGUGAUGGGCAUGGGCAUCCCUGCUUUUUGAAGACUGGCAUCCGGGAUGGCCCCAACAAAGGCAAAAGCUUUUACGUGUGUGGAGUCCAAGGACAGAAACCAUGCGAAUUUGUACGCUCUACAGAGCUUUGCCCUUCUCAUUGCUUGAUGCAUGAAGAAUAUAUUGUGGAUUUGCAAGUUUUGAUGAAGCAGCAGGAGACAGACACAUACAAACUGUUCUAUCGAUGCAGUAAAGGUAAAAUGGGAGGAAAGAGAUGGUGUGGAAGUGUCCCAUGGCAGGAUUCAAAAGCCACAAGACCACUAUCUAAACCUCAGCCCACUUUGGAACUGCAUCAUGUUAAUCAAGAUCAACGAAAUCCAUUCAAAGUACCAGCUAAGAAUCAUGAAACCUUGUCAGUGGAACCAAUGAAUGGUGGCAGGGACAACCAUGCAGGAGAAAAAGAUUCUGAGAAAAGAGAAGGGGAAGACUCUGCCAAAAAGGAUCAGCUGGUUUCUGUUAGCAGUGAGCUUCCCGCAGCCCUGAAGAUCAAGAACAAACAGCCUGAAGAAAAAAAUGAAAGGUCACGUAGGGAAGCAGUAGAAACCCAAACAAAAUUGAGCAAAGCAACAACUGAAAAGCAAAAUAACCCAUCAUUGGAUGCAUGCAAAUACAGCUUUAGCAAAAAGCCUGAGAGACCUUUAAAUCACACAGGACAGGAUUCAGCCAUGAGAUCUACAGAAGCAGGUUUGCCAAAAGCAGAGGAACCAAAGCAAUUAUUGCCAGGUGUCAGUAGCCAGGCAUCAAACACAAGGCCAAUUAAUGAGGAGCAACACCAAAAGGGAGGAUCUGGAGCCCACAAUGACAAAACAGCAACUGUGAAAACCAGUGGCAGUAAGGGAGCAGACGAAAAGGGGCUCAUCCCGAAAGAAAGUGUGACAAUUCCUGACUUAAAGAGUUUCCCAAAAGCACAACCUAAAGGAAACCUGGAGAAACCAUUAACAGUAUUGCAGACGGGAAUAGCUCCAAAAGAGAAGAACUGUACCAAUAAGAAUGUUAGUGGUGAAGAGCACAGAGUAUUUGUGCCCUCUAAAUUUGGGCAGAAAUUACAUUUCCAUCAAGGAAAGGAUCACCAUCAAAUGAAUUUGGCAUCAGUGCCUCCGGAAAUGACCUCUAUGCAGAUAGCAGAAAGUAUGGAUUCCCAAGUUCUUCACAGACAACUUUCAGCACAGCUGAGAGAGAAACAGAGAACUUUGAAACUUGUGAAUGUACAGGCUCUACCAGAUAAAGGUGAGCGAUUAUUAAAACAGGUGCACGAGCUGGAAACUGCGCUUGGCUCUCUGAACCUGGAAGCAGAAGGAAGUGUAAAGGAAGCUGGUGUUUGCAUGGCAGGAAGUUUGAACAGUAUGAAAAAUGAAAAGAUGCAGCAUGACCCUUUCAACAAGGUCACCAUAGAAGAGCCCCAUCAUUUGACAGGGAAGGGGCCACAGCCAUUCCGCGAGCAUCAUAAAACCAGCUCCUUGGAAAUUUCUCCUCCUCUGAGCCUUAGGCAGAACUGCAGUAGCACUUCUAAAGAGUACUCCCAUAAGCAGGCCCUUUGUGCAGGCCAAAUAAUGGAAGAUAAUUUUCAGGCAGUAUACAAUGCCACAACAGAUGUGAUUAACCAGCUCCACAAAGCCCUUGAGUCCUGCCCCACAGAGAAGACAGUGGUUCAGGAUCCACCUGGGUUGAAGGUGUCUCUGCUGCCACAUCAGAAGCAGGCCCUUGCAUGGCUGCUGUGGAGGGAGAGUCAGAAACCAUGUGGAGGAAUUCUGGCGGAUGAUAUGGGCUUAGGGAAAACGUUAACCAUGAUUUCUCUUAUCCUGGUCCAGAAGCCUAUACAGAAAGAGAAGAAACAAGAUAUUUGGAUGUCAAGAAAAGAUUCCCCUGUUAUCCUUUCUGAUGCUACUCUGAUUGUCUGCCCUGCAUCUCUCAUCCAUCACUGGGAAAAGGAGGUUGAAAGACAUGUGGCAACAGGCAAGCUGAAAGUCUGUCUUUAUCAUGGACCCAACCGAAUUAAGAAUACUACAGUCCUUGCUGACUAUGACGUAGUUGUCACUACAUACAGUAUUUUAGCCAAGGAAAUUCCUACACAGAAAGAAGAUGCAGACAUGGCUGCCAAAGAACACACAGAAGAGGAUAAAUCAUUUCCCUUCUCUCCCUUGCGUUGGAUACAUUGGACCCGAAUUAUACUGGAUGAAGCCCACAACAUCAAAAAUCCCAAAGUGCAGACUUCAUUAGCAGCUUGUAAACUAAGAGCUACAGCAAGGUGGGCUGUCACCGGCACACCCAUCCAGAACAACCUCUUAGAUAUGUAUUCUCUGCUAAGGUUCCUUCAGUGCAAUCCUUUUGAUCAGUUUAAGGUGUGGAAGAGUCAGGUGGAUAACAACACAAGAAAAGGGGGAGAGAGGUUGGCCAUUUUAACCAGGAGUCUCUUACUGCGAAGAAUGAAGAACCAGCUGGACUCAUCUGGAAAGCCCCUCGUAUUGCUGCCUCAGCGUCUCACUCGACUGCACACUUUAAAACUGUCACAAGAUGAACGGUCGGUGUAUGAUGUGCUAUUCACAAGGUCACGGUCAACACUACAGUCCUACCUGAAGCGGCAGGAAGCCCAGCAUACUGCAGAUUCUGGGAAGAAUCCAUUUGACAAAAGAAUGCAGCAGUUUACACCUGGCCAACUGAACUCCUUCGAAAAGACUGCCAAAGAUCCCCCUCCCACCUCUACAACCAUUCACAUCUUGUCCUUGUUGCUGAGACUCCGUCAGUGCUGCUGCCAUCUUUCCUUACUAAAAGUGGCUCUUGAACAGGCUAACCUUAACAGCGAAGGCAUCUCUCUCACACUGGAGGAGCAGCUCUGUGCCUUAACCUUGUCUGAAUCUGAUAGCAGUGAUCCUCAGUCUGUGGUGUACCUCUUCGGUACAGCUUUCAGUACGGAUCUCUUCGAAACUACCAGACAGAGCACCAAGCUGUCACAUCUUUUGGAAGAACUGAAGGUGAUCCACAGUCAUUCCCAGAAAAGUGUCAUUGUGUCUCAAUGGACAAGUAUGUUGAAGGUUGUGGCAAAACACCUUGAGAGGCUUGGCCUGAGAUAUGCCACCGUGGAUGGUUCUGUGAAUCCUAAACAGAGGAUGGAUGUAGUUGAGGCAUUCAACAGUACUACUAGAGGACCUGAGGUGAUGCUGAUCUCACUCCUGGCUGGAGGUGUGGGCCUUAAUCUGGUAGGAGGAAACCAUCUCUUCCUCCUUGACAUGCAUUGGAAUCCAGCCCUGGAAGACCAAGCCUGUGACCGCAUUUAUCGUGUGGGGCAGCAAAACAAUGUCACAAUCCACAGGUUUGUUUGCGAAGAUACAGUAGAGGAAAAGAUCUCAGAGCUGCAAACCAAGAAAAAAGAGCUGGCCCAGAAAGUGCUCUCGGGGCAAGGAGACUCUUUCACAAAGCUCACCCUGGCAGACCUCAAGCUCCUUUUUGGCAUUUAACUAUUGCUCCCACCCAGCACUUCAAUGGGCAGAUGUCACCCAUGUGCCUUUUAAAAAUUGGACUCUUGUAUAUUAGUAUCUAGUGGUCAGUGCUGCUGGGCAAGUUGCUUUGCCUUGUUCUUUAUUCUCUGUAAAGGGUGAGGAGAAAGGCCUCACCCUACCUGCAAUCCAGUGAAGAAUGGGGAGAGACAGUGCAAUUUAGGAAGAUAUUCCACUUACAUUUGAUACUGUAUAAUUGCUAGCAUUGCGGCGGGUUUUGUUUUUCCAACCCAGUGUGUUUCCACCAAUCCAAUAUAAUCUGUUCUAAGAUAAUACUCAUGUCUGCAUCAUAUGGCUGUUUUAUUUAUAAUCAUAUGGCUGAUUUAUUGUUUGGGAUUUUUAUCUAAAUGAGCAUCACUAAAUAGGAAACCACCCUGCUGAUUUUCAGAAUUUUGAACACAUAGCUCAAAAUGAUAGUUAAAAGUUUGAAAGUCAGAGCUUGGGUGUGUUACACCAACAGUAUCCUGGACAACAACUAUUAUUUCCCUUUGCAUAUAAUCAUAUUGUGCAACAUCCUGUGAAUAGAAAUGCAGAAGAACAUACAAGUACAUGAGAGAAGAUGGGUGCAUCCUCCAUGCCUUUCCAUCAUAAUGUCUGGGCUUCCUUCUGAUACUUGCUGUUGUGUUUUUGAAAAUUUUUGAAAAAGCAGCUUCAUCUGUACAUUUCCAGAUGACCAAUAUUUCCCUAUAGCCUGAUGAUUUAUUUUAACUUCCCAAUAGAUUGCCUUUUUAAAAAAGAAAACUAAGUGUUGUUAUUGUGCUUCAGUGAUUUCACUAUUGUUUUCUAACUUUAGGAAUCAUUUUGGGGUUUUCUUUUAAAUAUAAGCAACAUAAAAAAAACAAAUGGUAUAAAUAAAAUCAUUUGAAGCCAUGGCAGAAGCUGCAACUUCUUUUGUACUGUGCUUCCAACAUUGUCGGUCUCUCUGUAACAAUGAAAUGCACUUCCUACAUACAGUGCGGCUCAUGUAUUCUUAAGUGGCCUUUUAAAUUGCAUGGAUGGUAUAGCCACUCCUUUGGCAGUACUGGCUACUUACCCUAUUCACCAUGUAGGGUCUGUGGCCCCAACUUCAUAGACUGAAUGAUCCCAAAGGUACCAACCAGAGAUAAUGGAGCCUGACCUUGGAAUAAAUAUGUUGACUUCCAAAAA